CUACGAACACAAAAGGAAUAGGAGAGAUAAUACCUUAUUUAUUUACAAAAAUAUAACUCGAAAAUAUUGAAUUGGGUUUUUUAUUUGUCCGCAAUAAACUUAACCACGUGUGAAAACUUUCCUAGUAAACUGUUAUUUAAAGGCUGCAACAAAACCGGCAAUCUAUAAAUUUCUAGUGAUAAAACACUAUUUCAGUACCAAAUAGCACGGUGAGUCGAAAACCAUAAUGCGAGAUGUUUUUCGAGAGUAAUUUCAAGCAAUUAGAUAUAAUAUAUUAGUUAAAAGGUCUCUUAAAAUUGUAUUUAUUUCCGUUGAAAAAAGGACGUAAAAUGGUAAUACAAGGUGUAGUGGUCUAUUUCGAAAUUUUGCAUUUUUAAACCUUUGCAGGCCUUUCUUCUGAGCCCGAUAGCCGGCAAACCGUUCCCCAAAUCGGGAAUUGGCUGAGCGUUAGCGAAGUGUCAAUACUAGAUAGAUACAGAGUGUUUUUUAAUGACUUACUUAAAUUAUACAAAGUAAGGCCCAAUUCCUGGUGCACUAGACACUUGAAAUUUUGCACAACUCUGGAUUAGUUCGUGUAACGACUAGAAACCGCCUGGAACCUGGCGAUUUCUUCAUUUAAUAUACUCUCAAAUAUUCAACAUGGCUGACCAGUGCAGCUUAUUCUCGUAAGCUCUUUAACGGUCAAACAAGAGGUCGGACCUCAAAACCAACAGCAGAAUCGAAAGACAGAAUUAAAUUUUCUACAAGAAAGAACCAGUCACUUUUUUUCGUAUCUCUUACGGUUACGUCACAAAACGGCUUCAAAGUAAAAAUUUUCGUUAAGGCUGGAAAAUCGUGAAAGUUAACUCCCUGGCAUAAUCUAAUCUUGGACUUAACUUAUCACCAAAUUAUUAUUCAAGCAGAAAUUUGAUAACACGUCACUUAAGGGGCCUGGAGGCAUCGUAGCAUAGACGCUUAAAAGUAGCAAAUUCUUAAAAGUGCUAAACGGCGCAGUCUUUUCUCCCAAGUUGAAACAUUUAUAUAAUAUUGAUUAAAAAAAAAAUGAGAGGAAAGUUAAAAUAUAAUCGCUGAACUCAUCACUUCAAAUUGCAGACCGUUCUUUGUGAUAGUGGUGGGGGAACCUACCUCUAGCCAUCCCCACUACUGUGACCGGGGAUGACCGCUUUCUACCUGAGGCGGUUGGACCCAGACCCCGUCAGUUGCCCGUUUGUCAGUAUCCAGGUGACAGUGGUUGAGUAGCGUUCUCGUUUUAAAGAAAGUGUACGCUUUAAAGAUAUCUUGUUAUUUUAAGAGUGUAGUUUUUACAGUGUUUUUAUAGAAUUAUAAGGCAGUGUGUCAUCAUGGGCCGACGCAAGAGUAACAGAAAGCCUCCUCCAAAAAGAAAGGCGGUUGUGCCCUUGCCAGUAGAGUUCAACUGCCCAUUCUGCAAUCACGAGGGAUCGUGUGAUGUGACGAUGGAUAGAGGACGUAGAUCUGGGAGGAUAGCGUGUCGAGUUUGUUUCGAGGACUUCCAGACAACCAUCCACUUCUUGACAGAGCCUAUUGACGUCUACAAUGAUUGGAUAGACGCGUGUGAGACUGCCAACUGAAUCCCCACUGCGUAUGCAUUGCGGUUCUGGUUGGUGACUGAAGAAUAAAAAUUAUCAAUAAGGGCAGUUUUGUAUCUUUUUUAUUAAUAAAAUAUUGUAUGUAUCGUAUAGUUAUGGCUUGAUACGGACAAAAUUGUAUUCACAUUUAUAUUGCAUAGAUUAAUUUGUAAAUAUAUUUUAUGUUAUACGCAUGUGCUUGUAUGAACUUUUUAUUUUGUAUCUACCUUAUUCCCUUUAAAUAUUUGAAAUAUGAAUUUACAACGAUUUCCUUAAUUGAGAAAUUGUAGAAGCUCCCUUAUAAACCAAUCUUUAAAUGUAAGCAUCCAGCAGUAAACAUUGGAGAAGAAGCAGGAAAUUCCCGUACAGGACCAAUAUUUUCGGAAUCCUACAACUGUCUUCGCCGUGACACCCUGCCGGCAGGCAAUAAGUCAAUAAUGUUUUUGCGGCUUAUAAUACAAGGGACGGCGCUAACUAGCGAGUCCGAGAAAUGUCAAACGGUUGAUCCUCAAGGGUAUCCGUGCAGGAGGUGUCCAUUGUCCAGCCCAGACAUAGCGGUACCCCGGUCGACGGUCGCAUGACUACCUGACGCCAUCCACCUUAACAUUUGCUUUACCCCUUUACCAAAGACAUUUCUGUUUAGCGACCUACCACCUCUCUUGAAUAACUUCUAUUCACCACUGUUCAGUUUAUACUAAGGUCCAGAAAAGUGGCAUUACCUGAAUAAUAUGAGCGUAUAAUUUUGUAGUUAGUGUAAAUCUAUGCAACGGCUACAUAUAUUACAUAAAUGGUGAAAUUCUAUAUGAAAACUUGAGCAAUAUAUUUCAAUAUUAAUAUUUCAAAGAGUUAAAGGACUGUAUCUAAAAAAUAAUAAUUUAUGUAAUAUCUUACAAGGGGCUGUUUAUAAUAUUACUUGAAAAAAAGCAAUGUGAAAAUCCA